GCGCCCGGGGUUUGUUGACAGCGGAGGCGGCGGUAGCUGCAGGCUCUGAGCCUUAGGAGCCGAAUCGGGGGAGGGGCUGGGCCCGGGAGCCAGCACCCGGCGGCCUUCAGUUCCACAGGCAGCCCUAAGGGCAAGGUAACGGCCACCGGGUUCCCUGACGCGACGCCCUCCUGCCCGAGAUUCCAGUCCCCACGAUCCCAAGCCCCGCCCUGCCGACCCCAGUCCGCUCUGGACCCCGGCCCUAGCCUGACGAGAUCUCUCGCCUCCUGAGAUCUGGCCCCGGAUUCUCACGGGUCCCAUUCUCCGCUCCUCUUCGCCAACGAAGCAUUUCAUCUGCUCCCCAACGCUGAAGGCAGCCCCAUCCCCGGGCUGUAGCUCUGCCAAUGAUCCUUUGAACUUUGGGAGUCACUGCUGCCCCUGGGGGGCUCCUGUGCUGGUGUGGCUCACCUGCCUGCCCCAAGCAUGGCGUCCGACACUCCUGAGUCCUUGAUGUCCCUCUGCACCGACUUCUGCCUGCACAACCUGGAUGGCACCUUGGGCUACCUACUGGACAAGGAAACUCGGAGGCAACAUCCCGACAUCUUCCUGCCCAGCGAGAUCUGUGACCGGCUAGUCAAUGAGUAUGUGGAGCUGGUCAACGCUGCCUGCAACUUUGAGCCACACGAGAGCUUCUUCAGCCUCUUCUCAGAUCCCCGUAGCACCCGCCUCACCCGCAUCCACCUCCGUGAGGACCUGGUACAGGACCAGGAUCUGGAAGCCAUUCGCAAGCAGGAUUUGGUGGAGCUGUACCUGACCAACUGUGAGAAGCUGUCUGCCAAGAGCCUACAGACACUGAAGAGCUUUAGCCACACCCUGGUGUCACUGAGCCUCUUUGGCUGUGCGAACAUUUUCUACGAAGAAGAGAACCCUGGGGGCUGUGAAGACGAGUGCCUCGUCAACCCCACCUGCCAAGUGCUGGUUAAGGACUUUACCUUCGAGGGCUUUAGCCGCCUACGUUUCCUCAAUUUGGGCCGCAUGAUUGAUGGGGUCCCUGUAGAGUCCCUGCUGCGGCCACUCAACUCGCUAGCCGCCUUGGACCUCUCAGGCAUUCAGACAAGCGAUGCGGCCUUCCUAACCCAGUGGAAAGACAGCCUGGUGUCGCUUGUGCUCUACAACAUGGACCUCUCAGAUGACCAUAUCCGUGUCAUUGUUCAGCUACACAAGCUGCGACACCUGGACAUCUCUCGAGAUCGACUGUCCAGCUACUACAAGUUCAAGCUAACUCGGAAGGUGCUGAGCCUCUUUGUGCAGAAGCUGGGAAACCUGAUGUCCCUGGACAUCUCUGGCCACAUGAUCCUGGAGAACUGCAGCAUCUCCAAGAUGGAAGAGGAAGUGGGACAGACCAGCACCGAACCUUCCAAGAGCAGCAUCAUGCCAUUUCGGGCUCUGAAGAGGCCACUACAGUUCCUUGGACUCUUUGAGACCUCUCUAUGCCGCCUCACGCACAUUCCAGCCUACAAAGUAAGCGGUGACAAAAAUGAGGAGCAGGUGCUGAAUGCCAUAGAGGCCUACACGGAGCAUCGGCCCGAGAUCACCUCACGAGCCAUCAACCUGCUUUUUGAUAUCGCUCGCAUUGAGCGCUGCAACCAGCUCCUGCGGGCUCUGAAGCUGGUCAUCACAGCCCUCAAGUGCCAUAAGUAUGACAAGAACAUUCAGGUGACAGGCAGCGCUGCCCUCUUCUACCUGACCAAUUCCGAGUACCGCUCAGAGCAGAGUGUCAAGCUGAGGCGGCAGGUCAUCCAGGUGGUGCUGAAUGGCAUGGAAUCCUACCAGGAGGUGACGGUUCAGCGGAAUUGCUGUCUGACCCUCUGCAACUUCAGCAUUCCUGAAGAGCUGGAAUUCCAGUACCGCCGGGUCAAUGAGCUCCUCCUCAGCAUCCUCAACCCCACACGGCAGGAUGAGUCGAUCCAACGCAUCGCUGUACACCUGUGCAAUGCCCUGGUCUGUCAGGUGGACAAUGAUCACAAGGAAGCUGUAGGCAAGAUGGGCUUUGUUGUGACCAUGCUGAAGCUGAUUCAGAAGAAGUUGCUGGACAAGAUAUGUGACCAGGUGAUGGAGUUUUCCUGGAGCGCCCUGUGGAACAUCACAGAUGAGACACCUGACAACUGUGAGAUGUUCCUCAACUUCAAUGGCAUGAAGCUCUUUCUGGACUGCCUGAAGGAAUUUCCAGAGAAGCAGGAACUACAUCGGAACAUGUUAGGCCUCUUGGGGAAUGUGGCAGAGGUGAAGGAGCUGCGGCCUCAGCUGAUGACUUCCCAAUUCAUCAGCGUCUUCAGCAACCUACUGGAGAGCAAGGCAGAUGGGAUUGAGGUCUCCUACAAUGCCUGUGGGGUCCUCUCCCACGUCAUGUUUGAUGGGCCUGAGGCCUGGGGCAUCUGUGAACCACAGCGGGAGGAGGUGGAGGAGCGUAUGUGGGCAGCCAUCCAGAGCUGGGAUAUCAACUCACGGAGAAACAUCAAUUACAGGUCCUUUGAGCCAAUCCUUCGCCUCCUUCCCCAGGGCAUCUCCCCUGUCAGUCAGCACUGGGCAACCUGGGCCCUGUACAACCUUGUGUCUGUUUACCCGGAUAAAUACUGCCCUCUGCUGAUCAAGGAAGGUGGAAUGCCCCUUCUUAGGGACAUGGUCAACAUGGUGACUGCGCGGCAGGAGACCAAGGAAAUGGCCCGCAAGGUGAUUGAGCACUGCAGUAACUUUAAGGAGGAGAACAUGGACACAUCCAGAUAGAUGGCCACCAUCGCUCUGGACCACAGAGCUAGGAGGAAGCACUCUCAAGCAGCCCAGCUGGCAGAGCCCUUCCAGGGAGCCUCCCAGGAGAUGAAGAGGCACAGGGGAACUUUUGCACAACCGACGCUUUUCCUUAACUUUAGUGAGAUAUAUAUAU